AUGGUGGUAUCGAUGUUGUCAACCACCGCCAUCACAAGUCCUGCUCAAGCUCCAGCUUCCAACGUGUGUUGUACUGGAAUCUACGGCGAGCUCAGUCCAGCACUACGCGAUUUCCCCGUUGCGCAAGCCUUCUGCAAGGCCGUGUUUCCAGUCAAAUGCACUACUUCAAACAACAAUGGAGCAGCACCGCCAACAUCUAAGUCGGGCAUGUGCUGCAUCAUCCAAGACACUGCCUACGACGACGACAAGCUCUACAACAACUCCAAGCACCUCGAAGAGUAUGAGUCCUUCAGCACCGGCCAGCUCAUCAACAACCACGAUCCCUACAACAACCGCCAGUCCAACAAUAAUCAUCCCAACGCCCAGCACCACAGAGUCAGCAACGUCAUCCACAACUUCAUCCACCUCAAGCGCCGCUCCCCCAGCACAUACGAUAGCUGCACCGCGCUGCAAUUCGAGCCUGCUCGAAAGCACGAACGGAGGCUGCAACGACGCCUGCGUUUGUCAAGCCUCCCUCACAGGGCAGGAAUACUGUAUCUCCGACUUUUCUUAUGA